UGAAUGGGCGUCGGAGUAGAAGGAAGUGUGGCUCGUUUCCUCGGUUACUGAGACCGGAAGGACGGUUUGUAGUUACACACUUGACCACUGCGACCAGGAGGAAGACUACGGAGAAUGGAUCCCAAUGGAUUUCACGACGGUGCCUGGACUAGAAUGGAGCUAAACUCAGAGGCCGCGUUCUUAGGGUUCUAGAUAGAAUAUGGUACAAGGAGUUGAUUGAGAGAGAGCGAGAGCUCGGGAGUGAGUUCCAGAGUUCGGAGCCCGGGAAAAGUGCCUCACGUCGAGGGUGCUGAGGACGCCUAGUUGUGUUUCCUAGGGCAUGGCGGAUUCGAAGACUCUUCUGGCAUCAGAGCUAAGUGAGGCAGAGACGAUGGGUGACGAGGCAGCGCGGCUCCAGCAGUUGCUGCUACAGGCUUCUAAGGAGUUCCAGCAACCUCAGACAAGACCAGAAUCUACACAGAUUCAACCUCAGCCUGGUUUCUGCAUAAAGACCAACUCAUCGGAAGGGAAGGUUUUCAUCAACAUCUGCCAUUCUCCUUCCAUCCCUCCCCCGGCUGACUUGACUGAGGACGAGCUGCUUCAGAUGCUGGAGGAGGACCAAGCUGGCUUUCGCAUCCCCAUGAGUCUGGGAGAGCCACAUGCUGAACUAGAUGCAAAAGGACAGGGCUGUACGGCCUACGAUGUAGCAGUCAACAGUGACUUUUACCGGAGGAUGCAGAACAGCGAUUUUUUGCGGGAGCUCGUGGUCACCAUUGCCAGGGAGGGCCUUGAGGACAAAUACGGCUUGCAGCUGAAUCCGGAAUGGCGGAUGUUGAAGAACCGGCCCUUUCUGGGCUCCAUCUCACAGCAGAAUAUUCGCUCCAAGCAGCGCCCUCGGAUCCAGGAGCUGGGGAACUCGUACACACCCGACUCCCCACGAGCUGAUGUAGGUCCAGAGAAGCCUCAUCUGAACCUUUGGCUGGAAGCCCCGGAUCUCCUCUUGGCCGAAAUUGACUUGCCCAAGCUGGAUGGGGCUCUGGGGCUGUCGCUGGAGAUAGGGGAGGACCGCCUGGUGAUGAGGAGCCCCCAGCAGCUGUAUCAUCUGGAUGUCUACAUCCCACUGCGGAUCAACUCUGAGGCCAGCAAGGCCGCCUUCCACUGGCAGCGAAAGCAACUGCUGGUGGCUAUGCCCCUUCUUUCUGUGCCUUCUUGACCACAAUCCUCUUGUGCUUUCAACUGUGACGAUAUCCAUGGCAUCUCUGUAAUUGGAAUAAAAGAUAUUUGUGUGUAA